AUGAUGUUGCAAUACUUGUUAUAUUUAUUCGCAAUAAUCCCAACAAAUAAUGGUCAACCUGUUUAUAAACAAUCAAGUGACUGUCCAGGCAACCUUAAAUGGAGUACAACAGCAACAACAAUCAUUGGUGACGGUUAUGGAUCAAGUUUUAAUCAAUUAAGCUUACCUACAGGUUUAUUUAUCGAACCUAAAACACAAAUUUUGUAUAUUUCUGAUAAUUUUAAUAAUCGUAUUCAAAAACGUUAUCCAAAUGGUGAAAUUAAAACAGCCGCUGGACAAGCCGAUGGUAGAGGUGGAACAACACCAAAUACGUUAUCGAAUCCAGUAGACGCUUUCGCAGAUGAAAAUGAAAAUGUCUUCGUUGCUGAUUGGAAUAACCAAAGAAUCCAAUUUUGGAAGAAAGACGCAAAGACUGGAAAAACAAUGGCGGGAAAUAGUAGUAGAGGAGAAGCAUUAAAUGAAUUUAGUUACCCAAGUGCAGUUUUACUCGAUUCAAAGAAAAAUAUCAUUGUUGCGGAUACACAAAAUCAACGUGUAACACGAUGGCCCUCCACAUAUGAUCCAAAAACAUCUGCUGGUACAAUCAUAGCAGGAGGUAAUGGUGGUGGUCUUAAUCCAUAUCAAUUAAAUAAUCCAUUCAGUUUAUACUACGAUGAACCGAAUCAAAUUUUUUAUAUAUCAAACCAUGACUCGCAUUCAAUCACACAAUGGUUUAUCGGUGAUUAUGAACCUCGCUAUAUUUAUGCUGGUAUACCGGGAAGAUAUGGAAAUAGUUCAGCCCAAUUAUUUUAUCCCGAAGGUGUAACUCUUGAUAAAUAUGGCAAUUUAUAUGUUGCUGAUUGUCAGAAUAAUCGAAUACAAAUGUUUUGUCCAAAUUCUGUAUUUGGUAUUACAAUUGCAGGAACAGGACAAUCAGGAAAUGGAACUAACGAAUUAUCUUAUCCAUCUGAUGUUGCAUUUGAUUCAGAACUUAAUUUAUAUGUCUCAGAUACAUUUAAUAAUCGUAUACAAAAGUUUCAACGAGUGCAAUAA